AAAAGAUUUAGAAAAAUACAGAAAAAAGCAAAAUAUUACAAGAAACUGUAAUUGGAGAGUCAAUUAAGGUCUUGUUAUCAGCUGCUUGUCUACCCAAACCAAACCCAAAGAGCCCAGAAGAAAAGUCUCUUAAGAACUUCUCCUUUUUUCUCCAUCCCCUGCUCUAGGGUUUAAUUUAUUCUCCACAAAGAGGGGGAAAUCAAGAAAUUAAUAAAAACCCAAAAAUUCCUGAAUCCCAAAUUUCUUAAAUCUGAAUUUUUUACUGGUUUUUCUGUUUUAAAUUGAUUUUUUUUUUCAGGCAAAUUAUAAUUAAGAGAUGGGCUCAAUACCACACAAUGCUGCUUCUUCCCAUUAUUGAACCCUUUAGAAGAAAUUAUAGUCUAUUGCUAGCUGUUAGAAUUUGAUGGCCGCGGCGAGGAAUCUGAUGGGAGAUGCGGGAAGCAAUAGGCCAACAAUGAAGGACGAAGAGAAGGCCAAAGAGGACGAUUCGCCUUCCUCUAAGAAGCCCAAGUUGGAGAGGUUCCCUUUUACCAGAUGGGAAUUCGCUGCCGCUCUUGGGGUCUUCUUUGUCUUCUCCACCGGUUUGUUUUGCAUCUACUUGACAAUGCCCACAUCUGUUUAUGUCAACCUCAAGCUUCCUCGCACCGUUUCAGAUCUUCGCUUGCUCAAGGAACAUCUUGCGACAUAUGCAAAAGAUUACCCAGCACAGUUCAUCCUGGGUUACUGCUCUACAUAUAUCUUCAUGCAGACUUUUAUGAUUCCUGGAACAAUUUUCAUGUCAUUGCUUGCGGGAGCUCUUUUUGGUGUUGUUAGAGGACUUUUUUUAGUUGUUUUCAAUGCCACUGCUGGGGCCUCUUCCUGCUUUUUCUUGUCCAAGUUGAUUGGCAGACCUAUAGUUAAUUCGUUGUGGCCUGAGAAGUUGAGGAUUUUUCAGGCUGAGAUAGCUAAGCGUAGGGAAAAGCUGCUGAAUUACAUGCUCUUUUUGAGAGUAACUCCAACAUUGCCAAACCUUUUCAUCAAUUUGGCAUCUCCAAUUGUUGACAUACCAUUUCAUGUUUUCUUUUUGGCUACUUUGCUUGGACUUAUUCCAGCCUCCUAUAUUACUGUCAGGGCUGGCCUUGCUCUUGGGGAUCUCAAGUCAGUCAAGGAUCUUUAUGAUUUUAAAACUUUGUCGAUGCUCUUCCUCAUCGGGUCCAUCAUCAUAUUUCCUACCCUACUUAAAAGAAAGCGGAUAUAUGAGUAAAGGUUCUGUUGGUGAGGCCUCUCUUCUGAGGAAGCUAAACUUUGAGCUAAUUGGAGGAUCUGAAAAAGAAUAGAGCCAUGGAGGCUGAUCACCAUCUUCCCUUGUGAUACCGACGGGUUGAUUACUUCUCCUACGUGAUGGUACAAAUGAAUAUAUAUAUAUAUAUAUAUAUAUAUAUAUAUAUAUAUUACUUUAUAUAUAUGAUAAUUAAUAUAAUGUUAAUUCAAUGAUCUCCCAAUACGGAUUAUUUUUAGAUAGUUGGGAGCCAGAAAUCAAUCUCCUAGGAAAAAUGUCUUAAUAGUCUUACUCGUCAGACUGAAUCUCUAUGACAGCAUUGUUAGGUUGCAUUGCUGUUGAUCAUGUAACAACUAAUAGUGUUUUAGUUACCUAAAAAAAUAACAUUAUUGGUACUUCGGUUUCCUUUUGAA